GAUGAACACGUACGAACACACAUACGUAUCAUUAUCACUGUCUCUUGUCAUAGGCAGGUUCGAUUGCGUGGCGCUUGCUCGUGUCAACCUUCGAAUAUAUUCAAUCAUCUUCCACGCGUCACGUAAGAUGCCUGCUUCUAAUCCAACCAAACUUCCAUUCACAGGAUGCACCGACUCUUCCAUUUGUCCACGAAGAAGACCUAUGUAGAUGUUGUCUCUUUCACGGCGGAUGUGCCAGGUGUCAGGGAACUCUCGAGGACUGCGUUGCCUGGGGCCUCCGGUUGAAUUGUUGCAAUAUGCAGAUGGAAAUACCGAUAAAGGACGCUGAGAAAAAUGAUCAUCGAGAUCCGGGUGCCAAUAGAUACGGAAACUUUAUAAAUUACUACAGUUUUCAUUCUGCGGAAGAACGCGUGCAGCAACUUCCGCGAAAUGUGUGGCGGUCUUCCCACCCCGACCGGAAGUUCCUGGGACUAGACAUCGGGUGUAACGCGGGGGAUCUUACGCUAGCACUUCAUGAUUUUCUCGAGCCUCUACUCACCGAGGAUGGCGGAGCCGACUUGUCUCUUCUUGGAGUGGAUUUUGAUCCGGUUCUCAUUGAAAGAGCUUGCGAAAAAAAUUAUUGGCCAGAUCACGUCACUUUUAAAUGUUUAAAUUUCAUUUCUGACGAUAGAGAUAAACUCCUUCGGGAGUAUUUGUGUAAACACAACAGGAGUCAUUUUGACGUAGCAUUUUGUUUCUCUAUCAGUAUGUGGAUUCACAUAAAUUAUGGGGACUUUGGAUUGGUUGAAUUUCUUUCUGGAGUUUGCAAAUUUUCGAAUAUGGUCGUGAUUGAACCCCAACGGUGGAAAUGCUACCGAAAUGCCUCUAGAAGACUGAGGCGUUUCAAUGGUGAAGAUUUCCCACUAUUAGACAGUUUAAAGUAUCGCGGAAACAUGAGUGAACAUAUUCAAAAUAUUUUGAAGGAAUACUGUAAUUUUCAAAAAGUUACAGUCACUGGAAAUAAUAGUUGGGGCAGAGAGAUUCUUAUUUAUGAGAGAAAUACUAAUAUUCCAGUUGAUGCUCAAUAAAUAUUUUUUAUUCUGUACACAAA